AAACACUUCGCUCACACCGAAAAAAAAAAACCCUCCACCACCUCUCGCCACCGCGCGAUCGCCGCGCCGCCCGGAAGCGCCGGGAACAUGGGGGGAGGGCUGGAGGUCGACCUGUCCCACGGGGCCGUGGCGGCGAUGUGGUGGUCGCCGGGGUCAAGGUUGCGCCCCGUGCUGCAGGUGGCGGACGCGCGCCACGUGCCGGACGGCAGCGGCCUCUCCCCGGCGCUGGAGCAGCGGUACCGCAUCGACCUCUCCGACGGCGUGCACUCGCAGCCCGGCACGCUCGCCGCCUCCCUGAACCGCCUCGUCAGGGACGGGACCCUCCGCCGGGGCUCCGUGGUCCGCGUCCUCGACUUCGUCUGCGACUACCGCCGCAGGACCAUCACUGUCAUUCAGUUACAAAUACUGCAAACUGAGUGCGCACUGAUUGGCAGUCUCAAGCCCUAUGAGCCAACAAGGAAAUCUAGGGAGUUCACCACUAGAUCAGUGAGAUAUGCUCUUAGGCCUGACUGUGAACCUUACUUUGGAGGCCAACACAUUCAUCAGUCUUGUAUUGCCUCUGAGGCUGAGAUAAGUGCUAAUGGCUUGUUAUAUCAUGGGGCUUGUGGUCGUGACACCCAAGACAAGGGCACCUUGCUGACGGUAGGAGGUAUUCGUAAGGCGACACCUAGCGUGGGGACUGAGGCCAAUGCACAGGACGUGUACCAGGACCUCAUGGCUGCUAGUAGUGCUCAUAACUUGUCCAAAAGGCCAUCCUGGGAAAUCUCUGUUGACAGUCCUCCGGAAAAGAAAAGUGGCAGCUUGGAGGACUACAUUAGAGAUCUUGCUGAAACUGUGGCAAUGAGGAGCCUGAAACGUGGCGACCGUGAACAGGAGGAACUGGACCGUGCAAUGCAGCUUAUAGAAGAAGAUGGUCUACAGGAGGGGUCUGAGCUGUACUGCCAGGCACUUUAUUUAUGUAGGAACGCAAUGUAUCGGAGGGCCUUCACGAAGAUAAAAACGAAAGAGGGUCGACUGAAUUGGAUCCAAUUCAACUGGGACAGGAGAACAAGUAGAGUGAUUGUGGUAUGACUUUGUUUUAUUCUAGUGAUGUGUACUGAUGGGUUGAAACGAUAAUGUUUCCUUAUGGGUUGAUGGGUUGAAACGAUAAUGUUUCCUUAUGGGUUGAAACGAUAAUGUUUUCUUAUGUAACGUGUCCUGUGCCAUGAAUAUUGUGUUGUAGUGCAAGUAUGGCACAUUGUGUUGUAGUGCAAGUUAAAAUUUUUUCAAGUUCAA